CCCGGUAGUGACUCGGUGGAUCCUUGACCAAGCUGGCUUACUAUUCAACUGUGCAGCACAAAGUGGCCAAAGUGAGGUCUUUUGACCACUCUGGAAAGGUGAGCCUGCUGUGGGCCCUGGGUUCACGUGGCCCCAUGGGGCAGGUGGCCACUUGCCAGUGCCUUGGCUUAGUGCUGUUGCUGCUUGUUGAUUGACCCUUUGCUGCUCGCAGAGGCACCUCAGCUGUCCUGGAGGUCGCAGGUAUCAGUGCCCCCCCCACAACUCCUUGCUCAUUUCACUUCUGACCGUGGCAGCAAUACCUCCCCUGCCCCUUAGGGAGUGUCCUUCGUGGCCAGGGCAGCCGGGAGGUCUUGGGCCCCACAGUGAUACCAGCAUUCCCCACCUCACACUGACUGGAGCCUAGCACCACUGGGGGCUGGGCUGCAACACCCUGCGCAGCCUGGUGGCUUACCUGCAGGACGCAGAGCAGGACCUUGAGCCGCCCUACGAGAUCUCCGUCCAGGAGGAGAUUACAGCCCGUCUGCAUUUUGUCAAGUUUGAGAACACCUACAUCGAAGCCUGCCUGGACUUCAUCAAAGACCACCUGGUCAACACAGAGACGAAGGUCAUCCAGGCGACCGGGGGUGGGGCAUACAAGUUCAAAGACCUCAUCGAGGAGAAGCUGCGGCUGAAAGUUGACAAGGAGGACGUGAUGACCUGCUUGAUAAAGGGGUGUAACUUCGUGCUGAAGAACAUCCCACACGAGGCCUUCAUGUAUCAGAAAGACUCCGACCCUGAGUUCCGAUUUCAGACAAACCACCCCAACAUUUUCCCCUAUCUCCUGGUCAACAUUGGUUCUGGAGUUUCCAUUGUGAAGGUGGAAACGGAGGACAGGUUCGAGUGGAUUGGUGGCAGCUCCAUUGGAGGCGGCACCUUCUGGGGGCUGGGGGCUCUCCUCACCAAAACAAAGAAGUUCGAUGAGCUGUUGCACUUGGCCUCCAAGGGCCAACAUGCCAACGUGGACAUGCUGGUACAGGACAUCUAUGGCGGAGCCCACCAGACCCUGGGGCUGAGUGGCAACCUCAUCGCAAGCAGCUUCGGGAAAUCAGCCACUGCUGACAAAGAGUUCUCCAAAGAAGACAUGGCCAAGAGCUUGCUGCACAUGAUCAGCAAUGACAUCGGGCAACUUGCCUGUCUCUACGCAAAGCUCCACAGUCUGGACAGGGUGUACUUCGGGGGCUUCUUCAUCCGCGGCCACCCUGUGACCAUGCGCACCAUCACCUACAGUAUUAACUUCUUCUCCAAGGGAGAAGUGCAGGCGCUGUUCCUGAGGCAUGAAGGCUACCUGGGCGCCAUUGGAGCCUUCCUGAAAGGAGCCGAGCAGGACAAUCCUAACCAGUACAGCUGGGGAGAGAACUACGCCGGCAGCUCGGGGCUGAUGAGUGCGUCGCCGGAGCUCUGCCCCACGCAGCGGGCGAGGAGCGGCACCUUUGACCUGCUGGAGAUGGACCGGCUGGAGAGGCCCCUGGUCAACCUCCCGCUCCUCCUGGACCCGUCCUCCUACGUGCCUGACACGGUGGAUCUCACUGACGACGCGCGGGCCCGCAAGUACUGGCUCACCUGCUUCGAGGAGGCCCUGGACGGGGUGGUGAAGCGUGCUGUGGCCAGCCAGCCCGAGUCCACCGAUGCUGCCGAGAGGGCCGAGAAGUUCCGGCAGAAGUACUGGAGCAAGCUGCAGACCCUGCGACACCAGCCCUUCGCCUACGGGACUCUGACGGUGCGCAGCCUGCUGGACACGCGGGAACACUGCCUGAACGAGUUCAGCUUCCCGGACCCCUAUUCCAAGGUGAAACAGAAAGAAAACGGCAUCGCGCUGAAGUACUUCCAGGGCGUGGUGCGCGCCCUGGACUCGCUGGGCUGGGAGGAGAGGCAGUUGGCCCUGGUGAAGGGCCUGCUGGCAGGGAACGUCUUCGACUGGGGGGCCAAGGCAGUGUCUGAUGUCCUUGAGUCUGAUCCCCAGUUUGGGUUUGAGGAGGCGAAGAGGAAGUUACAAGAGCGGCCCUGGCUCGUGGACUCCUACAACAAGUGGCUGCAGAGAUUGAAGGGGCCCCCUCAUAAAUGUGCCUUAAUUUUCGCAGAUAACAGUGGAAUAGACAUCAUUUUGGGAGUCUUCCCCUUUGUCAGGGAGCUACUCUUUAGAGGGACGGAGGUCAUCCUGGCGUGCAACUCAGGCCCUGCCCUGAACGAUGUGACCUACAGCGAGUCCCUCAUCGUGGCCGAUCGCAUUGCAGCCAUGGACCCUGUUGUCCACUCUGCACUCCAAGAGGAGCGGCUGCUGCUGGUACAGACGGGUUCCAGCUCCCCAUGCCUCGACCUCAGCCGUCUGGACCAGGGGCUGGCCGUGCUGGCUCGGGAGCGCGGUGCAGACCUGGUGGUCAUCGAGGGCAUGGGCCGCGCUGUCCACACCAACUACCAUGCAGUGCUGCGCUGCGAGAGCCUCAAGUUGGCGGUGGUCAAGAACGCCUGGCUGGCCGAGCGGCUGGGCGGCCGGCUCUUCAGCGUCAUCUUCAAGUACGAGGUCCCGGCCGAGUGAGGCACCGGUUCCACCAGACGCCUUGCCCGGCCCGUGAGGAGGUGCUUGGGGUGCAGCAGGGACCUGCGCUUGCUCACCAAGUGUCUGCCCCGCGCUGCUCUGAGGACGUGCGCCCGGGCCAGCCGCUGCCACGUGUCCCGAGAGACACUCCAAGUGGAAUGUAUUUAACUGUUAAUAAUCUUUUAUAUACACACAUAUAAAUAUACGAGUACCUCCGCACGC